CCCGGGGCGGCCAUGGAGAGCAAGAAGCUGACGGAGCUGCGCGUCAUCGACCUCAAGUCGGAGCUGAAGCGCCGCAACCUCGACGUGGCCGGCGUCAAGACCGUCCUCAUCGCCCGCCUCAAGCAGGCUAUUGAAGAGGAAGGAGGAGAUCCAGACAAUAUUGAAAUACCUGUUGGAACUGAUGCUCAGAACAAGAAACCAACCAAAGGAAAAGGUAAAAAACAGGAAGCUGAUGAACUAAGUGGUGAUGCUUCGGUGGAAGAUGAUUCCAUGCUCAAGGAAAGCGAAUUGGAAGCUCAAGACGCAAGUGACCAGGAUGGAAAUGACGAAAUGAAAGACUCUGCAGAAGAAUGUGCAGAAAACGAAGAAGACUCGCUGGAUGCUAAAGAGUUGCUUCCUGUAGACAAGAAGAAAAUUCGUUUAAGGCAGACAGAGAAGGACUUGAAAGACAAGGGCAAUGACCUCCAAGGAACGGAAGAGGAGAGCCUCGCUGCUACUCAGGACGGAGAUGAAGAUAAUGAGAGAGAUAAAGCAGGUUCUGGUGAUGGUACACAAGAAGUAUCUAAGCCUCUUCCUUCAGAAGAGAGCCUAACUGAGACAGAUCACUCGGCUCACGAAGAGAUGGAAGCAAACGUGUCUGUGAAAGAAGCUGAGGAUGAUAACAUAUCGGUUACAAUCCAGGCCGAAGAUGCCAUCACUCUGGAUUUUGAUGGGGAUGACCUCCUCGAAACAGGUAAAAAUCUGAAAAUUACAGAUUCAGAAGCAAGCAAGCCCAAGGCGGAGCAGGAGGCCAUGGCUCCGAACCUGGAGAAGGAAGGCCAAGCCUAUGAGAUGACCGAGGACCAUCAAGAUGGGAAGAAGGAAGACGGCGCGAAGGGGGAUCCUGUCAAGAAGGAGGCCCGAGAAAGUGCGAAGAAGGCAGAAUCUGGAGACAAAGACAAGGACUCUUUGAAGAAAGGUGCCUCGUCAACAGGGGCCUCUGGUCAAGCAAAGAGCUCAACUAAGGAAUCAAAGGAAAGCAAGACGGCCUCCAAGGAUGACAAAGGCAGUGCCAGCAGCGGGAGCAGCAGCAGCUCGACCAAGAACUUAUGGGUCAGCGGCUUGUCUUCCAAUACAAAAGCGGCUGAUCUGAAAAAUCUCUUUGGCAAAUACGGAAAGGUGCUUGCCGCUAAAGUGGUCACGAGCGCCCGGAGCCCCGGAGCCAAGUGCUAUGGCAUUGUGACCAUGUCGUCCAGCACCGAGGUGGCCAGGUGCAUCGGCCACCUGCAUCGGACGGAGCUCCAUGGACAGCAGAUUUCUGUGGAGAAAGUAAAAGGGGAUCCUUCAAAGAAAGAGCUGAAGAAGGACAGCGAUGAGAAAUCUGGCUCUGGUCGGAAUCUUGGGGAGAAGAAGACCACCUCGAGCGACAAAGCGAGCAGGACUCCUUCCAAAAAGGAGGAGAAGAAAUCUGACAAAUCUGAGAAGAAAGAAAGCAAGGAGGGGAAAAAGCCGGAGGGAAAAGAGGAGAAAAGUGACACUGGAUCCAGCAGCCCCAACCGAGACCCUGCCAAGACCUCGGAGGAGAAGAAGCGAACAAGUGUAAAAAGCCCAAGCCACAUGGUUGUGUUGGACCAAACCAAAGGAGACCACUCCAGGCCCAUCCGAAGGGGGGGACGCUUUGAGAAGCCACCCAUGUUAAGGCACAAAGAGCGCUUUCUUCAAGAUAAAAUGAAGUUCAGAGACUACCGGGGCCGAAAGGACAUCCUGCCGUUUGAGAAGAUGAAGGAGCAAAGAGUGCGGGAGCACAUUAUUCGUCUGGAGCGAAUACGGCGGGCGGUGGAGCUGCGAAGGCGAAGAGAAAUUGCCGAGCGCGAGAGGCGGGAGAGGGAGCGCAUCCGACUCAUGCGUGAGCGCGAAGAGCGUGAACGGUUGCAACGUGAGAGGGAACGCCUGGAGAUCGAGAGACAAAAGCUAGAGCGUGAGCGGAUGGAGAGGGAGCGCCUGGAGAGGGAGCGUAUCCGGAUUGAGCAGGAGCGCCGCAAGGAAGCUGAGCGGAUUGCCCGAGAAAGAGAAGAGCUUCGUCGUCAGCAGCAGCAGCUUCGCUACGAGCAAGAGAAAAGGAAUUCCCUCAAGCGGCCUCGCGACGUGGACCACAGGAGAGAUGACCACUACUGGAACGAAAGUAAGAAGAUGGCCAUGGACGCAGGGGGCCGCUUUGGCCACGGGUCCGAAUACAAUCGGCAGCAGAACCGCUUCAGUGACUUUGACCACAGAGAGCGUGGGCGAUACCCAGAAGGAGGCGCCGCAGUGGAGUCAUCAUCCUUCGACAGGCGGGAGCGGUUUGUCAACCAAGGCGAGGGGAAGAAGGCUCGGCCGACGGCGAGGCGGGAGGAGCCGAGCUUCGAGAGGUACCCCAAGAACUUUGACUCCCGAAGAAACGAGCCCCCCCAGCCCCGAAAUGAGCUUCGAGACACCGACCGGCGGGAAGUGAGAGGAGAUCGAGACGAGCGGAGGACGGUGAUCAUUCAAGACCGGCCGGACAUCCCCCAUGGCCGGCACCCUCGAGAAGCCGGGCCCAACUCCUCCCGGCAGAGCUCCUGGAAGGGUGAAGGGGGCAUCAAUCCCGACAAGCGGGAUGCCAGAGAGAGGCCUGAGAGGUCUGGCCGAGAGGUCUCCGGGCAUGCGGUGAGAGGGGCCCCCACUGGAAGCCGCAGCGGUGCUUCUGGCUAUGGCGGCCGAGAACCGGAGCGUGGCGUCAUGGAACGAGGGAGUGGGGGACAGCAUUAUAACGAAGACCGCCAUGUGGUUGAGCGUCACGGCCGCGACGCCGGGCCAAGGAAAGAGUGGCACGGCCCCAGUUCACAAGGGAGCAGCUACCACGACUCGAGGAGGAUGGGAGACAGCCGAGCCGGAGGCAGCAUGAUGUCUCCCCAUUCAAGUAAUUCUUCGCCCAUUAACAGAGUUGUACAGAUGACGGGCAAUUCCAUGUCGAGGGGAAGUGGUUCAGGAUUUAAGCCCUUUAAGGGUGGACCACCGCGACGAUUCUGAGGCCCGCCACCCACCCACUCCUUGGUUUCGAGAUAACUUAUUGGAAGACGACUCUUGUGAACAAAAGGAGCCUUAGCUAAGAAAACUUGUCUCUUCUCUCUCUCUCUCGUGCUCUCUUCCCCCCCCUCCCCUUCACCUCUUAUAUGUAAUUCUUUUCCCUCUCUUUUGGAGGCAUUUUAACUAAGUUAGGCGGUUGGGUUUUGGAUAGUUGGCUGUCCCUUUUUGAGGAGCAUUUCGCCCUGUAAUUCUAGGCACUCUGAAACCAAUUGGAGCAAAAUAUCUCAAUGCUGUACAAAGAGGCCUCGUUUGCACUUGGUAGUUUUAAUUUGCCUGCGUUAGCUGUGUUGAUGUCAGACUGGAAAACGAGAUGCUGACAGAAAACAUGCCAGUCUCUUAAGCUGUACAUCAACCACCACCCUGUCUCCCCACCCCACCAUCUCCCAAGGCUUUUACAGUGUGUAGAGAAUAAAGUGGGUUGUUUCAUCUCCGAGUAUUAUGUAACCUAUUUUUGCAAAAGUUGUUACACUGAGUGGACCUGUAUCCUGGCCUCUGUACCCUUUUGAAAUAAACCUUCAUAAUCCGUC